CGAUGCCACUUUGGAUGUUUUGUCAUCAGUGAUAGUUCUGUGGCGCUAUAGUAAUGCCGCUGCUGUACAUUCAGCGCAGAGAGAAUACUUGAUGACUUUCUGUAUAGUGUUUCCAUUUUAAGUGGUAUCCUUUGCACUACCUUGGCAGUGAUCAAAUUUAUGUUGGGGCGUGUCCUUACCAGCAGAGCAUUGUUAACUGAUGGUUUCAACUCUCUGGUAGGAGGAAUAAUGGGAUUCUCCAUCCUUCUGAGUGCAGAGGUUUUUAAGCACAAUGCCUCUGUCUGGUACCUGGAUGGAAGUAUAGGAAUUUUAAUUGGACUUAUAAUAUUUGCCUAUGGUGCCAAGCUACUUACUGACAUGGUCCCCCGUGUACGGCAAACACGUCAUUAUGAAAUGUUUGAAUAGAAAUAGUGCUACAUGGACUGGAAAAGGAUCGCGGAAAGUGACAACAUCCUACAACUUGGCAAGGGGUGCCAAUGAUAUUUCACAGAACAUGCA